CGACUUUUGCUAUCAUAUCCUCGGACACGCACCAAAAUAUACUCCACUUUAACAACUUCAACUUCUCCAUCUUACACCAAAAAGGAAACAAGAUAAUGAUGAUCGGACAAACUCACCGUCAUCACAAGAUUCAUGUUCCUCCAUGGAAAGAAUCUGUCAAUCCAACGGUACAAAUUAAUUCUCCUAAUUCUUCUCCCCCGUCGUUACUGUCCAACGGGGUUAGUUAUUCCCCAAACUCCCCUAGUUACUACGACGCCGUUUUAUCUUCUUUACGGGGUUAUCCUCAUCCUGAUGUUGGAGAAAUAGAUUCUCCGAUGGCGGAUGAAUUUUCCGGUGAUUUUGAUUUUGUGGCUGGGGAUUAUGAUGAUGAAUUUUUUAUGUACGAUUUUAAAGUUAGGAAGUGUAAUCGGGCUCGGGCUCAUGAUUGGACUGAGUGCCCAUUUGCUCAUCCGGGUGAGAAGGCCCAUCGGAGGGAUCCAAGGAAGUAUAACUAUUCGGGUAGUGCUUGCUCGGAGUUUCGGAAAGGUGGUUGUAAAAAGGGUGAUAGUUGCGAGUUUGCCCAUGGUGUAUUCGAGUGUUGGCUUCACCCUUCCCGGUUCCGGACCCAACCGUGUAAGGAUGGAUCCGGUUGUAAGCGCCGGGUUUGUUUCUUUGCCCACACGCCCGAUCAACUCCGAAGUCCUCCGGGUCUGGGGAGUCCAAGAAGUACCCACGGUGGGUAUUUCUCGGGUUCUGAAGAGGGCUCCAUGAGUUCUCCCACGAUAGGAGAGCUUGUGGCAUCCUUCAGGAAUUUUCAACUCAAUAAGGUCAAGUCUAUGCCGAGCUCCUGGAUGACCCACCCUCUUCAUGUGAAUGGGUCCCCUGUAUUCGGGUCUCCUCAGGGAGUAGCGGUGAGUCGGGCUGGGUUUUUUAGCCUGCCGACAACUCCAACCCGGCCAAGGAUCGGGUACUGGGAUAGCAAAGAGUUUGUCGACGAAGAGGACGAUGGGCCUGUUAUGGAAAGGGUAGAAUCGGGUAGAGUGCUAAGGGCUCGUAUGUUCGAGAAAUUAAGCAAAGAAAACCCUCUUGAUGGGCCGGGUAGCCCACUUUCAGUUUCGGUUACUGGACCGGAUCCUGAUUUCGGGUGGGUGUCGGAUCUCAUUGAGUAAUUAGAUUAUUAAUUUUUUCUUAUUACUCGCAAAUCGCAAUCUAACCAAUUAUAAAUUGACACAUCGGAAAUAUUAUCUCCCCAAGAGGUAAUUUAUUGGUCACGAUUAGCAUUUGAUGUAGUGAUUUGAGAAAAAAUUUCAUUCCAAUUUUCCAAAAAUUUUCUUGAAAAUUCUCAACCAAAAAAAUUUGAAAAUUACUAAAAGCAUUUAUUUAAUUUAAUAAACUAGUACUAUUUAUUACUCCCUAUUUAUUUAUCGAGUUUUAAACCACAUAACUAAUGAGAUUUUUACUAUGAAAAGCAACCAUUUUUGGUGGCUGAUAUUGUAAACAAGUUUUUAAAAAAAUAUUUGAUGAUAUUAUUAUAUAUACUAGAUCUAUUUUGAAAGAUUUAGUAAAAAGAAAUUAAAAAAAACUUUUAUGCUUUAAUUCAUAUUUUCUAGAUGGGGACAAUCUGGAAGGUCCUAGAUUUGGAAAGAAGCAAAAAAGGAGGCAGUGGAUAAAUAAACUUAUUUUGUAUAGUUGAAGCAAAGGCUAUAUAUUCUACUGCUACUUUUGGACAUCAAUCUGAAUUGAAGGAAGAUCAUAACUGCAAUAUAAUCAUUUACUAGUAUUAUAUCAUAUAUUAUUAUUAUUAUAUGAUAUAUAUAAUAUGACAAAUUAUAUAAUCAAGCUUUGGUUUGCUUAAUUUCUAUUUUUAGGUUGUAAAUAUUAUAUAUAAAUGUAUUGUAAUAAUUCUAAUGUAUAAUUAUAAUGAUGGUUAUUUUUAGUAAAUUUUGCAUAUUGUAUGGAAGUCUGUAGUUUUAUUAAUAUUGCCAAAAACGGGCCUUAAAUUCUAAUG